AUGAUGCUCAAAUAUACAAUAAUAUUCCUGAUACUUCUAUUCAACUGUGAUGGAAAACGAAAAGAUAUAAUUUGUCCUGACUAUUGUGCUUGUGAUACCUGGAAUGGUCUCAGACGUGCAACAUGCAAUGGCAGGAAACUUUAUUCAAUAGAAAUUGACAUGCCUUCUCAAGUUCAAUUAUUGGACAUGUCUUAUAAUCAAGUCAGUGAAUUAGGAAGAAAUAUAUUUUUGGAAACGAAACUCACUAAUCUGAAACUCCUCAAUCUAUCCCACAACAAAGUAGGGCAAAUACACCUAGAGGCAUUCGGAGGCUUAGAAGAACUUGAUACUCUGGAUCUAUCAUUCAAUUCCGUACAAUAUUUCAAUGACCACUGGUUUGUCAGUCUGAGAUCCCUGCAAGAACUCUACUUGAGAGGAAAUAAUUUGAUGUCAAUCAACACAGAACCCAAACUGAAUUUACCAUAUCUGAAGGUUCUGGAUAUAAGCCUUUGUCGCAUUGAACACUUACGUCAUGGUGCUCAUAUAUUUGAACAUCUCCAUAGCCUCGAGUUUUUGGAUGUGUCUGACAAUAUGCUGAUGACACUGCAUGUUGACGUCAUACACUCUCUCAAGAAUUUGCACUUCCUAUUGGCGAAGAACAACCCAUUCAAAUGUGAAGAUAAAGUGAUGGCCAAGUUGAGGAAUCAUACAUCUGACAAGGGUAUUCAUUAUGAAGAUUCAUGUGGAAGCCACCUGAAUUUCUCCGAUAACAAUGUGAAGUUCCAAAGAAUGAGGAUAGAUGAGCCAUCAGAAAUACCAUUGAAGAAAAAUUCUUGGAUAUAUGAUGAAGAAGAGAUUACCAGAAUAGUUGAUGAAAUUGUUUGUAAGGGGAAUGAAACCACGAAACCAACGAGGAGUAUAGUUGAUGAACAUUUGAUGAAAAUUAUAGAUUUAUCUCCUAGUUUGGUGUUGUUGUUCACACUCAUUUGUGGAAUCAAUAUAGGACUGGUGUUAGGUUGCGUAUGUCAAUUCAAGGGCAGAGCCAAAGCUGAAACCAUUCUACUAGAUGAUCGUUCAUGUACACCUCUUAGGGUUUUUCAGAGACAAAACAGCGUAGGAAUAUCCUCGAAUGGUAGAAUGAGAACAAGAAGUUGCGGAAGCAGAAAAAUGCUUAGAGAAGAUAGAAAUAUUUUAUUGUCCCAUGAAAAUCACUUGAGUGAUUCUACUCCUAUCUUAGCAAGAAAACUAACUGAGUGGCCAGAGCCUAUAAGUAACCUGUAA